CAAAAGUCCGUUGAACGCAAUUGGUUGCUGCUCGCAUGCGGGUGGUCCAUAGUGUGUGCAGGGGCAGCCUCCUGCAGUGGGAACAGUCAGCUUGCAGUUUGCCUUGCAGAUAAAGUUAAACUGACCAGACAGGUUCGGUUACAAGCGUUUUCAGUAGAUGAACUGUGAGAGUGCUCUAAUGCCAGCCUGGUUGCUGUCCCCUCAGUGUGUGUGGAUGCUGUCAGUCCUGUGUAGCUCUGACCUGUGUUGGGGCUUUGUCUUCGGCCGGCCCAAACGCUCAGGAGAAGAUGGGACCUCAGCCAGGACAGACACUCGCUCUGGCUCCCAGUACGUGCCAACGUCUGGCUCCUGCAGGAACAGAUGUUUUGAACUGGUGGAGGUGGAGCCCCCAAACUGUCGAUGUGACAACCUGUGUAAGACCUACAACAGCUGCUGCUCCGACUUUAACCAGCUCUGCCUCCGGACGGAGGGAGGUUAUGAGUGCAGCAAGGAUCGAUGUGGCGAGACCCGAAACGAACAGCAUGCCUGCCACUGCUCUGAUGACUGCCUCUCCAAAGGAGACUGCUGUACCAACUACAAGAAACUGUGUAGAGGAGACCCCUCAUGGCUGCAGGAUGAAUGUGAGGAAAUCAAGACCCCCGAAUGUCCUGCUGGGUUUGUGCGUCCACCACUCAUCAUAUUGUCAGUGGAUGGGUUUAGAGCUUCUUACAUGAAGAGAGGGAACACCAUCAUACCCAACAUUGAAAAACUUCGAACAUGUGGAACCCAUGCUCCGUACAUGAGGCCUGUUUAUCCUUCUAAAACCUUCCCUAACCUCUACUCAAUAGCAACAGGUCUCUAUCCAGAGUCUCAUGGCAUCGUUGGAAACUCCAUGUAUGACCCAACAUUUGAUGCAACUUUUAACCUGAGAAGCAGAGAAAAACUGAACCAUCGUUGGUGGGGAGGACAACCUAUCUGGAUAACAGCCCUCAGACAGGGAAUGAAAGCUGCUACCUUCUUCUGGCCCGUGGCCAUUCCUUUGGAGAGGAGGAUACUGACCUUGCUGCAAUGGCUCCAUCUCCCUGAACCAGAGAGGCCCUAUGUUUAUGCCGUGCAUUCCGAGCAGCCAGACAUAUAUGGACACAAAGUGGGCCCGAUGAGCACAGACCUUAACAAUCCUCUGAGGGUGAUUGAUCGGAUUGUGGGCCAGCUGAUGGACGGACUCAAACAGAUGAAACUGCACCGAUGUGUCAACAUCAUCCUGGUGGGGGAUCAUGGUAUGGAAGAAGCUCACUGUGAACGCACAGAGUUCCUCAGUAACUACUUGACCACUGUUGAUGACAUCAUCCUUAUCCCUGGGUCUCUUGGCAGAAUACGCCCCAGAUAUCCCAGCAACGUCAAACAUGACCCCAAGGCUGUUGUUGCAAAUCUAACAUGUAAGAAGGCAGAGCAGCACUUUAAGCCAUACCUGAAACAGCACCUGCCUAAGAGGCUGCACUACGCCAACAACCGGCGUAUCGAAGACAUUCACCUGCUGGUGGAGAGGAAGUGGCAUGUUGCCAGGAAAGUUCCUGAGGGGAGGAGGCACUGUGGCUUCUCAGGAGACCAUGGAUAUGACAAUAAGAUCAACAGUAUGCAGACUAUUUUCGUGGGCUAUGGACCUACAUUUAAAUUCAAGACUAAAGUUCCAGCCUUUGAAAACAUUGAACUAUAUAACGUCAUGUGUGAUCUCCUGGGUCUAAAACCUGCUCCCAACAACGGAACCCAUGGCAGUCUGAACCACCUGCUGAGAACCCCCACCUUCAGACCCACCAUGCCAGAGGAGGUGUCCAGGCCAACAACCUCCAAUCUCGUUCCUAUGGUAACAAAUGACCUAGGCUGCAGCUGCGAUGAAAAGUUGCGUGUAAAAAGUAGGGGCCAGAGAGGUUUGAAAGUGACCCUUGUACGAGGCUAUAACCUGGAGUCACUCUGGCUCUGUCUCUUACAGAACAAAGUGGAGGAGCUAAACCGACAAUUGAGGCAAGCUAUUGAUGACAGCAGGAACCUGCCAUACGGUCGACCUGCUGUCCUCUUCCGUGCCAAAUACACCAUCCUCCACCACAGCGACUACAUCAGCAGCUACAGUGAAACUCUCUUCAUGCCCCUCUGGACAUCCUACACCAUCAGCAGACAGGUAGAGUUGUCUCCUCUGCCUGAAACUCUGUCCAACUGUGUGAGACCAGAUGCCAGAGUCCCACCAGCCUUCAGCCAGUCAUGUUCCAACUACAGAGCAGAGAAACACAUCUCAUAUGCCUUCCUGUAUCCUCCGCAGCUGUCCUUAAACUUGGAGAAAAAACAUGAGGCUGUCCUUAUCACCAACACUGUGCCCAUGUAUCCUGCAUUUAAGAGAAUAUGGGCCUACUUUCAGAGAGCACUGGUGAAGAAAUAUGCCACUGAGAGAAACGGAGUGAACGUUCUUGUUGGACCCAUAUUUGACUACAACUCUGAUGGAGUCAGAGACUCGGCGGAGACAAUCAGAGAGUACGUGAGUGGAAACAUCCCCAUCCCUUCUCAUUACUUUGUGGUCCUGACCAGCUGCUUAGGCUUCACACAGAGUGCAGACUCAUGCAAUGGUCCACUCAGCAGUGCUGCUUUCAUCCUGCCGCACCGACCCAACAAUGAUGAGACCUGCAAUAGCUCUGAGGAUGAGUCUCGCUGGGUGGAGGACCUCAUGAAGAUGCACACAGCUCGGGUCAGAGACGUGGAGAUCCUCACUGGCCUGGACCUGUACAGAAGAACCAGCCGGAGCUAUACUGAAAUCCUCUCUUUAAAAACGUACAUGCACACUUAUGAGAGCGAGAUCUGACCUCUGCUGACUCUCUUUGUCCAACUGUGGUUAAUGAAUGUGGCAUCAUGAAGACAUUCAGUCUCCUGCGUCACACUGACCAGCACCAGUGGCUCUGCACUGAGCAUUUGCUUUCAUCUCCAUCUGUUUUCAUACAGCCUUAACACCACUGAGCUUCCCGCAGGGAUAUAGAACUGUUCCAAAACUGUGCAAAAGUCUUCAGUCAUCCCUGAUCUCACCUUUCCUUUGGAAGCCAGAAGUUUCUUUUCAGUUCCCUUGAUAACUUUCUAGAGUUGCAGAAAUACAACUUUAAAUUCUCUUGGCACCUUAUUACAAACAGCGUACUCGAAAAACACAAUUUGUUCUCAUUUUCUCUGUAAGCUACAAAAACAAUAGAGUUAUCACAGUUUGACAGAUAUAAUAAUCAUAUUUUUGGACUGAAGUGGCUCCUUAACAGCUAUUCGGUUACACCUUCACACUUUGUUGCCCUUGCACCCAUAAGCCAAAGUUGGUUUCCAAAGAAUUCCCCCUGCAGCAGCACCAGGUAUGGAUUAAUUGUUUCAGAACAUUUAACAAAUGUUAAUAUCCAACAAAUGUAUUCUGAGUAAAUAAAAAUAGCCAUUUUCAAAUUAUGAUAUAAUUUAUUCAAGUAAAACUCUAUCUUAAGCAAAUCUGGUCCUACUUGAAUAAAAUAUAUCUAACUGAUAUCUCCACUAAGUGUGCAUGAUAACUGGUGAUGUUUUUCCAUCACUGUGGAUGAAUUUCUGCCCACUCUGCUUUACAUAAUUGUUUUAAUUCAGAUACAUUGGAGGGUUUUCCAGCAUGAACGGCUUUUAGUGCAACAGCAUUUCAGUUCAAUAUAAGUCCAUAGCUUGUCUAGUUCACAUCAAAACCUACACUUGUUUAAGGUCCUAAGGCAGCAAAGAAGCCUCAGACCAUAGCUCUACCACCAUGUUUGACUGUAGGUAUAUUAUAUUAUGUUUUUGUUCUGUAUUCGUUUUACAUCAGAUGCAACGAGACGCUCACCUUCCAGAAAGGUCAUCUUUUGUCUCAUCAGUCCCAAGAAGAUUUUUCCAAAAGUCUUAGAGAUCAUCAAGAUGUUUUUUUUUCCCUAACUAUAGAGCAUUUGAUGUUCUUUUGAGUUCCUCUAUGACCUCAUGGAUGAGUUGUUAAGCUCAAAGUAGUUUUGGUAGUCUUGGAAGAUUCUCCAUUGUUCCAUGUUUUCUCCAUCUGUGGAUAAUGGUUGUCACUGUGGUUCUCUGGAGUCUUAAAGCCUUAGAAAUCUUGAAUUUCUUUAGAUUGGAGCAUGAUGUGUUGCUGUUUGAGAUCUUUUAACCUACUUCAUGUUGUUAGACAGGUUCUUUUUAAGGUAUGUAUUGAUUGUACAGGUCAGACUGGAAUCAGGUCUUUAUGUGGCUCGUGAAUCUGAACUCUAAUUUACAAAAAAACUGAAUUAACUGAGGUUAAUUCAUGAUUUAACAACGGGGUUAAUAAGUCUUUCCACAUAUGGCCAGGUUGGUUUGGAUAUUUUUCUACCCUUAAUAAAUAAAACUACCGUUUGAAAAGAGUUUUUUGUAUUUACAGGCUAUCUUUGUCUGAUAUUAACAUUAGCUUGAUGAUCUGAAACAUUUAAACGUGACAAUAAAAGCAAAUAUAGAAGAACCUGGUUGAGGGCCUUUUUUUACAGCACUGUAAUACAGGUUAUUUUAAGAACAUACACAGUAUUAACACAGGUCAAAUUUAGCACAUUCAAAUGACCAACCUCUAAAGAGUAUCAAACAAAUGGUAAACUAGUGGCUUUUUAUAAUAUUCGCGACGCCAGGCAUUUUUAUAUUCAUUAGCUGGCUGUAUUAGUUCAGGCUCUACCAUACAGUCACAGUCAUUUCUUUCAUAAAUGUAGCUGUACAUUAAUAUUCUAAUUACCUUCUUCAGUUCUGCAGAGAGGAGCCUAUGUCCAGGGAUAAGUGUGUGAUAAGUGAGGUACACCCUGUGCAGGUCACCAGGCUGACCACCUUGCACACACUCAAACUUGAGGGCAAUAGAGUUUCCUUAGAAGCUGUGAGAUCUGUUCCAGCUACAGAUCGAUCUCUCACUUUAUCAGGGUUUAACAUUUCAACAGGUCAACAUGGACUCAGUCUGGCUUGAGGUUAUCCAAUAAACUUGAUCUGUAUCCCACCCUUUAUAAUGACUCCUAUACUUUUUAAUGUGGAAUGGUGCUGAUAUAUCUGUUUGUGAGUGUGUGUGCAGGCUGUGAUAGAUAUAACAUGUUGGUCUGUGGAUAUUUGACUUGUAUGUGUGUGUGUGUGUUGUGACUUUGGUUUGUGCACAGUAACAUUUAUGUUUAUUAUAAUGAAUGUGUUUAAGCCAAAAUCACCAGCUAUGAGAAUAGUUAUUUAUGUGUUAUGUAUGUGUUUUCUCAGAAAUAAAUGUUUUCAGUAUAUAUGGUGAACAAGA